CAUUGCCAAGAUCUGACGCACCGAGCCUCCAUUUUCUCACAACCCAUUGCCUUGCAAACUCGGGUAACAAGGAGAGGACUGGUUCACUCGGGAGAACCUCCACUCCGUAAACCCUAAAGGCUUCGUCCGUGUUAAAAUAACACCAUCACACUAAAGUCUCUCUCUUUCUCUCUCAUUCCAAAAAAACAUCUCAUACAUCCCAAAAUAACAAUGAAGUUCGAAAUCGAAGACAUAACAGUGUACUUCCCCUACGACAACAUCUACCCAGAACAAUACGCAUACAUGGUUGAACUCAAGCGUGCCCUAGACGCCAAGGGUCACUGUCUCCUCGAAAUGCCGACUGGCACAGGCAAAACCAUCGCACUCCUUUCCCUAAUCACAAGCUACGUUCUCUCCAAACCCCAUUCACCUCUCAAACUCCUCUAUUGCACUCGCACCGUCCACGAGAUGGAGAAAACUCUUGCCGAGCUUCGUCUUCUCCACGAUUACCAGCUUCGUCACCUUGGCCCUGCUGCUAAAAUCCUUGCCCUCGGAUUGUCGUCUCGGAAGAACCUCUGCGUUAAUCAGCGUGUUCUUGCCGCGGAGAAUCGCGAUUCUGUUGAUGCUGGGUGUCGGAAAUUGACGGCCAGUUGGGUGAGAGCUCUUGCUGCGGAGAAUUCUGGGGUUCCUACUUGUGAGUUUUUUGAGCAGUAUGAGCGCGCUGGGUCGUCUGCGGUUUUGCCUCCUGGAGUCUACACGUUGCAGGACUUGAGAGCAUUUGGGAAGGAGAAGGGGUGGUGUCCUUACUUUUUGGCACGGCAUAUGGUACAGUUUGCCAAUGUGGUGGUGUAUAGUUAUCAGUAUUUGCUUGAUCCAAAGGUGGCUAGCAUAAUAUCUAAGGAAAUGCAGAAAGAGUCUGUUGUUGUGUUUGAUGAAGCUCAUAAUAUUGAUAAUGUCUGUAUUGAAGCACUUAGUGUGAGUGUGAGGAGGCAGACUAUUGAAGGUGCUAGAAGGAACCUUAGUAGGAUCCGUCAAGAAAUUGACAAGUUCAAGGCCACUGAUGCAGGUAGACUCCGUGCUGAAUACAAUAGGCUUGUGGAAGGUUUGGCACUAAGAGGAGAUUUGUCAGCUACGGAUGCCUGGCUUGCAAACCCAGCCUUGCCUGAUGAUAUACUAAAGGAGGCUGUGCCUGGAAAUAUUCGCCGGGCUGAGCAUUUUAUUCAUGUUUUACGUAGAUUAGUUCAAUACCUUGAAGGGCGCUUGGACACUGAAAACGUGGAGAAGGAGAGCCCUGUUGGUUUUGUUGCUUCUAUUCUUAACCAUGCUGGAAUUGACCAAAAAACACUAAAGUUUUGUUAUGACCGCCUUCAUUCAUUGAUGAUGACACUGGAAAUUACAGACACAGAUGAGUUCCUUCAUAUCCAAACAAUAUGUGACUUUGCCACACUUGUGGGCACAUAUGGACGUGGUUUUUCCAUUAUAAUUGAACCUUUUGACGAGCGAAUGCCACAUAUUCCUGAUCCUGUAUUACAGCUUUGUUGCCAUGAUGCUUCUCUUGCCAUCAAGCCAGUUUUUGAGCGAUUUCAGUCAGUUGUGAUUACAUCUGGUACCCUAAGCCCAAUAGAUCUGUACCCUCGUCUUCUGAAUUUCAAUCCUGUUGUCAGUCGAAGUUUUACAAUGUCCUUAACAAGAGAUUGCAUAUGCCCUAUGGUACUUACCCGUGGCAGUGAUCAGCUCCCAGUCAGUACAAAAUUUGAUAUGAGAAGUGAUCUGGGUGUAGUAAGGAACUAUGGAAGGCUCUUAUUGGAGAUGGCUUCAGUUGUUCCGGAUGGGAUUGUAUGUUUCUUUGUCAGUUACUCAUAUAUGGAUGGGAUAGUCAAUACCUGGAAUGAAAAUGGAAUUUUAAAGGAAAUAAUGCAGCAUAAACUUGUCUUCAUUGAGACUCAGGAUGUGGUAGAAACUACAUUGGCUCUUGACAACUACCGCAAGGCUUGUGAUUGUGGAAGAGGUGCUAUCUUUUUUUCUGUUGCUAGGGGAAAGGUUGCUGAAGGAAUAGAUUUUGAUCGACAUUAUGGCCGACUAGUAAUCAUGUUUGGUGUUCCUUUUCAAUACACAUUAAGCAAGAUUUUGCUUGCACGCCUAGAAUAUCUGCGGGAUACUUUUCAAAUUAAGGAGGGAGAUUUUCUGACUUUUGAUGCCUUGAGACAAGCUGCUCAGUGUGUGGGCCGCGUAAUCCGCUCAAAGGCCGAUUAUGGGAUGAUGAUUUUUGCAGACAAAAGGUAUAGUCGUCAUGACAAACGUUCGAAAUUACCUGGUUGGAUACUCUCUCAUUUACAUGAUGCCCACCUGAAUUUGAGCACUGACAUGGCUUUGCAUAUAGCACGUGAGUUCCUCAGGAAGAUGGCCCAGCCAUAUGAUAAAACUGGCAGCACUGGCAGGAAAACCCUGUUGUCCCAGGAAGACAUAGAGAAGAUGGUUGAGGGCAGCACGAAUGAUAUGUUGUAUUGAGGCUCCCCUGUGCAUGUGUACAAAUUUUUUAGUAGAACUGGGAUGGCUUUUAUCUGGUUAUUAAUUCCAUAUGCAGUUUUCUUAUGCCAGAUAUAAAGGAGGUGUCAUUUUGAUGUGAAUGGUGUCAUGGAAGCAAUCCAUAAUGACGAGGAAGACACUUUCCUUACGUGG